AUUUCGUCACUCGUCUGACUGAGGUUUUUGCGAAACAUUUCCUCUUGACUGUAAAAACGAGGUAAACAUAUUACACAGUUUUGUUCUAAGUAGUGUACUAAAAUAGUUACGAUAGUUUUUUUUAUUUCUAUCAGUUCGUCGGUAGUUUUAGGAAAUGACAUUUUAAGAGGCACGUUUUCUCCUUGCCAAGGAGUCAGGCGUGGAGAUUUAACUUUACAGCAACUUCCGCGGAUAGCCUAAUAUCGAGAUUUUGCCCACAACUAUGGCAUCAAAUUUAAGUAUCGACUAUAAUGCGAUUCCAGUAACGGCUUUAAACUGCAACCUCCGAAAGAAAUUGGGAUUGUACUUGAACCCCCAAAACACAGUGGCUUCAGAUUGGAGGACAAUCGCAGAAAUGAUGGACUUCACAUACCUGGAGAUAAAAAAUUUCGAGAAAAGAGACUGUCCCUUCGAGAAGGUUUUAACAGAAUGGGAAACACGUCCGGAUGCCACAGUUGCAAAUUUACUGUCAAUUUUGGAAAAAGCUGAAAGGAAGGAUGUUGUUUCAGACCUGAGUGACAUUAUAGAUGAAGACUGCAGAAAGCAUGUAGAAAGACAACAGAAAAUGCCUGUCCAGGUCCCUGUUGUGGACAGUUGUGGUCCCCGGACCCUGGAGCGAGACGGCAUUACUGUGUACGAUGAUCCACAAGGCAUAACACCGGAGACCUUUGAUGCAUUCAUUUGCUACUGUCAGAAUGACUUCCAGUUCGUUCAUGAAAUGAUCAGACAGUUAGAACAGGCCGAGUACAAUCUGAAGCUGUGUGUGUUUGACAGAGACGUCCUUCCUGGUACAUGUGUGUGGACCAUCACAAGUGAGCUCAUAGAAAGAAGAUGUAAAAGAAUGGUGGUUGUAAUUUCUGAUGACUAUCUGGACAGCGAUGCCUGUGACUUUCAGACAAAGUUUGCAUUAAGCCUUUGUCCAGGGGCCCGCUCCAAACGUCUAAUCCCUGUGGUGUACAAGUCCAUGAAGAGACCUUUCCCAAGCAUUCUCCGUUUCCUGACCAUCUGUGAUUACACCAGACCCUGCACGCAGGGCUGGUUCUGGAAACGUCUUGCCAAGGCACUAUCACUCCCCUAAACAUUUUCAUAGACACUGUCUGCCUUUUUGGUCAUCCCUCAGUAAAGCACACUCUUCUUGGGGGAGGAUAAAGGGAAAAUACCUCAUUGUGAAAAAUACCUGUUGCUCAAUUGGAGAGUUUCUCAGAUUCAAUAGUGGGUCUGCAGUUUCAGCAUUUCAAUAAGGGUACUUUUUAUGGUAUUUAAAUGAACCCUAAUAUAAAGUUCUCUCAAUUUUCUAAAGAUAUGUAAAUGGGCUUUUAUACUUCUGUGUUUUAAAACUGUAAUUGUUGUUUGCAACAUGCAAAAUUGUCAUUUUGUAAGAAAUCAAUACAUGCUAUUUUAUUUUAGUAUUUUUGAUGUGUAAACUGACUAUACAUAAUCACACCAAUUUCACUUUAAAUGCGAAAUUAAGUGCACUUUCUUCUGCCGUUCAUACUGGGAAUGUUUUGUGUUAUAAAUUAUUACAAUAUACAAAUAUUUUAUAUUAUAGACUAUUAUUAAAUGUUUCUUGGUAUAGUAGCAGGAAAACACAAAUUAAUAGUCAUAGUUUGUUAACCAUCUCCUUUGUCAACAUGUUUUUAUCACAGAGUAGAUGGUGGCUUUUAACCUAUCAAAUGUGAUCGUUUCCUGAUUAUUUGACAUGUUUUAUAAAGGUCUGGUUGUUUGUCAAAUUCGUUUUUCAGUAUUAAAUUCGUGUUUAAAGAUUU